GACGCCCGCGGCAGCGUUUUACUUCGUCCUCGCGGGUUGGUCGGUCUUGCCACGGUGGCGUGCGACAUCUCAUGUACUCCUGGAAGGCCAUGGAAGCAGCCGGUAAGGCGAGCAACGGCAAGAGGCGCAAGAAUUCCUGGACUAGCGAGAAGGAGACACGCCUCAUCGGGCUGUACGAGAAGUUCCGGCUCCUGUGGGACCACCGCCACCCGGAUUACUACAAGAGGGACCAGCGCGAGAACGCCAUGAGGGCCAUCGCCGAUGGCAUGGGCAACGAGUUUGACGUGGUGAAUGUGAAGGACAAGAUCAAGACGCUGCGCGACUACUUCGUGAAGGAGAUGAAGAAGGAGGAGGGCUCUCGAACGUCGCCGUGCGCCUACAUCUCUCGCUGGGAGCACUACAAGUGCUGGGAGUUCCUGCGGGGCACCGUUAACGUCGAGACGAGCUCGCAGCCGCCUAUGCCGUAUCCGGAGGUGAAGCGCGAGGCUCCCGACGUGUACCCGGUGUUUCCAAGCUACAACUGCGAGAACGACAUGAUCCUGCCUUCGACGCCGGACUCCUCGGAGGAGGAGGGCUCGGGUAGCCCGAGGAAGCGACCCGCUUGCCAUCACAAUUCAACCGGUUCGCCCCUCAAGCACUUCGCGCUCGGGUCAGAAUCCACGGCGCUGACUCGAGAUCCCGUCGUUUCUCCAUUUAUGAAUGGCUUUCGAACGGCGUCACUACGACCUCUGCCGACGAAAAGGCUACGGCAGUCGACAGUUCCAGAGCGUACAACCCCACGACAAAGCAACCAUGUCGACAGUGGUAGCCACUCGUACGAAACGAGCAGCCUAUCAACCACUCCGUCACCGUCCAGAGUCGUAGGCCCUUCCAUUAGCGCCGAGGCAGGAAACCACACCGGGCCAAGCGCAAGCUCCAGCAAGGUUGCCCAUCUACCCGCGAGUGACCUUACCGAUGGCGAGGCUCUGUUCUGCCAGCAGAUUACCUCCGAGCUACGUGAGAUGGCAAAGUACCAGCGAGAUCUGGCGAAGGUUCGCAUCCAGCAGGUUCUCUUUGACGUCAAGUACAUGAGCCAGGCGCACGCCGUCGGCUCCUCCGAAGAGCUUCAGCGGAUACAGCCGACAGGAGUUCCCACUGUACCGCACCUCGGGCAGAGAGCGGCAAGCAUCCCAGCGGUCAACAGUUCUGUCUACUCGACAGAUUCCCUACUCUUAUCUAAAGGAGUCCGGCACCCUGCGUUUGAAAGGGCGGUUUCGAGCGUCUGA